AUCACAGUCAAAAACAGAUUUUCGGAGAGUACGGUUGAGUUUGAUUUUUAAUUGAAAAAAAAAAUAUAAAAUUUCCGAAUAGGUAGUUUUGCUGUGAAAAUAUUUGCAAUAAAUGACGAAAUGCAAAUAAAGAAAAAAUAUUACAUAUUCUUAAUAAGAUAUUUUUGGAUACUGACCUUGGCUAAUGGACAAACUACGCAAAAUAUCAACGUUUUGUUUAUUAAUGAAGUGGACAACGAACCAGCCACAAAAGCUGUUGAGGUCGUUCAAACGUUUCUUAAGAAAAAUCCCAGUUAUGGACUUUCCGUGCAAGUGGAACAGCUAGAAACCAAUCGAUCUGAUGCUAAAGUUCUUCUUGAAGCGAUAUGUUCAAAAUAUGCUGAAAGUAUAGAAAAGAAGCAAUCUCCUCAUGUAAUUUUUGAUACAACAAAAAGUGGUGUUGCAUCAGAAACAGUCAAGUCAUUUAGUCAGGCUCUUGGCUUACCAACUGUAACAGCAUCAUAUGGGCAGGAGGGAGAUUUAAGACAGUGGAGAAAUAUUGACGAAAAGAAAUCGAAAUACCUUUUGCAGGUAAUGCCACCUGCCGAUAUAAUUCCUGAGGUUAUUCGUAGUAUUGUUAAAUAUAUGAACAUAACAAAUGCGGCAAUUCUUUACGAUGAAACUUUUAUCAUGGACCAUAAGUAUAAAUCCCUGUUGCAGAACAUCCAAGCUCGCCAUGUGAUUACUGCUAUAGCUAAGGACGGUGAAAGAGAACAGCAAAUUGAGAAACUUAGAAAUUUGGAUAUUAAUAACUUCUUUAUUCUCGGAAGUUUACAAUCUAUUAAGAUGGUUUUGGAGUCUGUUAAACCAGAAUAUUUUGAACGAAAUUUUGCUUGGCAUGCUAUAACUCAAAACGAAGGAGAAGUUCGGAGUCAGAGGGACAAUGCGACCAUUAUGUUUUUAAAACCCAUAGCUUACCAAAGGAACCGUGAUCGCUUGGGAUCAUUAAGUACAACAUACAACUUAAAACAACAACCGCAAAUCGCAUCGGCUUUCUACUUUGACCUAGCCUUAAGAACCUUUUUAGCGGUCAAAGAAAUGUUACAAUCAGGAGCAUGGCCAAAGGACAUGGAGUAUUUGACCUGUGAUAAUUUUCAAGGAGCUAACACCCCAGAACGUCUUAUCGAUUUGAGGCAGUACUUUCUUCAGGUUUCAGAAGCAACGUCUUAUGGAGUUUUUGAAUUAGUCACGCAGCCUAAUUUACCUUUCAAUGGUUAUAGUUACAUGCAAUUCGAAAUGGAUAUAAGUGUUUUGUCAAUUCGUGGAGGAAAUUCUGUGAAUACAAGGUCAAUUGGCAGUUGGGUAGCUGGUCUUAAUUCAUCAUUGAAUGUUAAGGACGAGAAAAUUAUGAGAGAAUUAACAGCUGAUACAGUUUACAGGGUGUUCACAGUUGUUCAAGCUCCAUUCAUAAUGAAAGACCCAACUGCUCCAAAAGGUUACAAAGGAUAUUGUAUUGACCUGAUUGAUGCAAUUGCUGAAAUUGUAAAAUUCGAUUAUACCAUUGAAGAAGUUGAAGAUGAAAAAUUCGGAAACAUGGACGAAAAAGGUGAAUGGAAUGGAGUAGUGAAAAAGCUGAUCGAAAAGAAAGCUGACAUUGGGUUAGGUUCUAUGUCUGUGAUGGCUGAACGGGAAUUAGUGAUCGAUUUCACAGUUCCAUAUUAUGAUCUUGUUGGAAUAACUAUUAUGAUGCAAAGACCCAGUACACCGAGUUCGCUCUUCAAAUUUCUAACUGUAUUGGAAACUAAUGUAUGGUUAUGUAUUUUGGCUGCUUACUUCUUCACGAGUUUUCUUAUGUGGGUCUUUGAUCGGUGGAGUCCAUAUAGCUAUCAAAAUAAUCGCGAGAAAUACAAGGAUGAUGACGAGAAACGUGAAUUUAACUUAAAGGAGUGUUUAUGGUUCUGCAUGACAUCGUUGACACCUCAAGGAGGAGGCGAAGCUCCAAAAAACUUGUCUGGAAGACUAGUAGCUGCUACUUGGUGGCUUUUUGGAUUCAUUAUAAUUGCAUCCUAUACUGCCAACUUGGCUGCCUUUUUAACUGUUUCUCGUUUGGACACUCCAGUCGAAUCAUUGGAUGAUCUUGCCAAACAAUACAAGAUUUUGUAUGCUCCGUUAAAUGGCACUUCGGCUAUGACAUAUUUUCAGAGAAUGGCUGACAUCGAACAGAUGUUCUAUGAAAUCUGGAAGGAUAUGUCUCUCAAUGAUUCAUUGACGCCUCUUGAACGCUCUAAAUUAGCUGUAUGGGACUACCCGGUUAGUGACAAAUAUACAAAAAUGUGGCAAGCCAUGCAAGAAGCUGUACUCCCUGUAACUUUGGAAGAAGCUGUAACAAGAGUUCGCAACUCUACAGCUGCAACAGGAUUUGCAUUUUUGGGUGACGCGACAGACAUUCGAUAUCUUGUGAUGACUAAUUGUGACCUUCAAGUUGUCGGCGAGGAGUUCUCUCGAAAACCGUAUGCUAUUGCUGUUCAACAAGGGUCCCAUCUGAAGGAUCAAUUUAACAAUGCAAUUUUGACCUUGCUUAAUAAACGUCAGCUGGAAAAACUCAAAGAAAAGUGGUGGAAGAAUGACGAAAUUCAGGCAAAAUGUGAAAAACCGGAGGAUCAAUCCGAUGGCAUUUCUAUUCAGAAUAUAGGAGGAGUUUUCAUUGUAAUAUUUGUAGGAAUAGGAAUGGCAUGUAUAACUCUUGUAUUCGAGUAUUGGUGGUAUAAGUAUCGCAAGAAUCCCCGAAUUAUUGAUGUCACCGAGGUCAAUGUUUCCGGAAAGGAAGGAAUUGAUGGUAAAAAUAAUGAAGGCGGAAUCAUUUUGGGACAGUCCGGAAAAGAAAAUCAAUAUGGCAAGAGUAAUGUUGCUUUAAGACCAAGAUUUAACCAGUACCCAAAUACAUUUAAGGCUCGAUUCUAAGGCCUUAAGUACACAAUGGGUUUGAAUAUCGCACAAUAUGACACAGAAGGGUGAUUUUAUACGCACAUUUUAAAAAUUCUCUUUUUAUAUGUUCAGUGUUAUUUGAAAUUGAAAUAAAUGUCUUUAUUCUUCGCAA